UCGAGCAAAAGUGUCAUAUUGAACAAAUGAAUGAUCAAUCUGAUUGGACUUUCAAUAUGACUGUUUUGUGGUUUGAAUCGACUAAACUUAAUGAGUGAAGAAAUUGACUGUGAACUGUGCAACUGUUCACAAUUGGAGCAAAUCAAAACUGCACGAUCUUCAAACAUGUCUGCAGGAAGAGCAGAUCCAGACUCUUUGCUGGACUUGUUUUGGGAUCCUCUGUCGCAACCGUCCAGGUCUGUGAAACUGUUCCUUGUUAUGUGCGGGAUCCCACAUACUGAUCGUUUUGUGCACAUCAAGUAUGGCGAAAACUUAGAGCCACAAUUCAAGAAAGUUUCUAGUCUUGGAAGAGUACCAGUUAUAAAAAGUGGAGAAUUUGUUCUGAGUGAAAGUGCAGCAAUCUACGAUUACCUGUCUACCAAAUUCUCUCAUCUGUGUCCUGAUUGGCUGUUUCCCAGCCAAUUAGAGCAGAGAUCACGAGUCAACGAGUACUUGCACUGGCAUCACAAUAACUUGAGACUCAACAGUGCGUUGCUGUUCCAAGAAACAUUUGUGAAGCCGAAAUUCAAAGGAAUUCCAGCGAGCGAAGAAAAAACUUCACGUUACGAAAAAGGUCUGAAAAAAGCUUUGACAGAACUCGGUUCUUAUUUCCUUCAAGAUAAAACUUUCAUCGCGACCGAGUUACGGCCUUCAAUUGCGGAUAUUCAUGGAGUUUGUGAAUUGAUGCAGCUGAGAGCGAUUGGCUUCAACUUCACACAUGUUUCCACUAAAAUUGAAUUUUGGAUGCAGAAAACGAUUGAAAGUUUAAACCCACAUUUCGAUGAAAUACAUGAAGAAAUACUGAAACUAGGAAAACCUACCAACAAACUUUGAAUUAUUUCAUUUGUCAUUGCAAUUUAUGAAAGAAAAGAACCCAUGUGAAGCAGAGGUAGUUUUUAAGAUUAUCAAGAAUUGAAGAAGAAAAAAGACGAUACGAAUCUAGCUAGGAUGCUCGCGAUACGAGGAAUAUCAGAAAGUCUGAAUUUUGUUAAGAAUCUGCUUCACACUGCUUGUAUUUUUACUAACACUAGCCACCAAUAAAGCAGCUACAGUUUCUAUCAAACUGCCAAUGUUAUACGGCAAAACUUCGACCAAAAAAUAUAUCUAUUGAUAUGUUCCGGAUUUGAAU